GUCACACUCCCUUACAUUCUGAUAAUUUUCUUUCAGAUUUUUAUUUGAAUAAUUUCAAAUUGCAAACGAGAGAGGUUUCCCUGUCAGAGCUGGGUAUUGAAAUUGCGUGAGCACUCUAGUUUGUAUGUAUCGCGGUGUGUUUCCUGCGGAGAUUGACUAAUAGGAAUUUUGUGAAGAAUUAAGGAUGAAUUUCCUUGGAUCCAGCAUCUCCUCCGACGUCGGGCUGCGAUUACUUCUCUGUCCCCUUGGUUCCAAUAUUGUAGUUCGUACAGCAUGCUGCUCUGUGGGGGUUGUCUUACCUGUUUAUUCUACAUUCAAGGCCAUUGAGUCGAAGGAUCAAGAUGACCAACAUAAAUGGCUUGUAUACUGGGCUGCAUAUGGAUCCUUCACUGUUGCUGAGACCUUCACUGAUAAGCUUCUCUAUUGGUGUCCUUUCUACUACCAUUUAAAGUUUGCAUUUCUUGUCUGGCUUCAACUGCCAUCUGUUGAGGGGGCAAGUGUGUUGUAUACGAAUUAUCUGCGGGCUUUCCUCCAGAAACAUCAGGCCAGGCUUGAUCAAAUUGUGAUUUUCUUCCGUAGUGAAAUGGUGAAAUUUGCGAGUAAACAUGAAACAGAAAUUCAGGUUACGAGGUCAAUCCUCACGAAGAUUUUGUUGUCAGCUAAUCAAAUGGUUAAAGAAAUACUGCACCCUACGCAAAGGCAAAUCGGAGGUCCUACUCCUAGCCAACGUGUGGAGACUCCAGAUUUAGAUUUGGAUUCGGAUUCGGAUUCUGAAGUUGAGGGCUGACAAAUAAGUUGUAGUUUGUUUAGCCUAUAACUUCAAUCGCUUUUAGAAUAUAUGUUCCUACUUUGUUUCGGUAUUUAGCCUAGUCUCGAGUAUCGAUGUCUACAUUUAGCUAGUGUUUGUGGAAUUUUUGCUCUACUAAAUCACUCUUCACAUGGUUGUAUAUAUAACUAUAUCUAUCUGUCUAUCAAUGAUGGCACAUUCUUAUUUA